AUGAAGGAUCAUCUGCCCUCCCGCCUGCUCGCUCCCGUGGUGGCCGUUACCGCUGUCGGCCUCACCGCUUACCUCUAUCUCCGCCCAGCCCUCAUCCGUGACCCGUCCGCGACGAAGCCUCCCGCGCCGGCCCGCUCGCCGAAAUGGACCGUUCUCCCAUCCCUCUCAACCCUACAGCGAGAUGAGCUGCCGUACCCACCAGAUCUGCUCCCCGGCGGCCGCGACGUCGACACGCCCUACGGCUCACUGCGUGUGUACGAAUGGGGCCCGAAGCGGGCGAGAAGGUGCUCCUCCUCCACGGCAUCGGGACGCCGUGCAUCGCAUUCGGCGAGAUGGCGCGGGCGUUCGCCGACGGCGGCCAUCGCGUCAUGCUCUUUGACUUUUUUGGGCGCGGCUACUCCGACAGCCCACCGGACGUGCCGCACGAUGGGCGUCUCUACAACACCCAGCUACACCUUCGCCCUCGCCUCGUCGUCGCUGCCCUGGUCGGGGGCAGGACGCUUUCCAACUUCGUCGGCUACUCUCUCGGCGCGCCAUCGCCGCCUGACCCCGAGGCCCGUCCUCGACGAUGACGUCGCUGGCGAGAGCGACGCCACGGGCGGGGCGACGUUUGACAAUGCGCUGCUCGACCUUGCGCGGCCCGAGCUGACGGUUGCGCGGGUCAUACGGUGGCAGCUCGCGGCGCAUCCGGGGUUUGUGCCGGCGUAUCGGAGCACCAUCCGGUGGGCGCCAAUCUAUGGCCAGGGCCAGGGGGAGUGGGCGCCCCUGAGGGGCAUCCUCGAGGAGCGGCGUGCGGGGCGGGUGAAGAACGGGCUCCGGGGGGGCAGGGUGUGCUUUGUGGUGGGCGAGACGGAUCCAGUCAUCGUGGCCGGCGAGCUCGAGCAGGAUGCGAGGUUGAUGCUGGGGGAGGAUGCAGUUGAUAUGAGGGUCGUCAAGGGGACUGGGCAUGAGGUUGGCAUCACGAGGGGCAGGGAGGUUGCGGGCAUUGCCAUGCGGUACUGGCAGUCCAUACAGGCUGCGCAGUCAUGCUCAUGA